UAAAAGAGGAGGGUGGUCCUUGAAGCUCUGCGGCACUUUCAGCAUGGAACGGAGUCUGUUUCUUUUUUACUUGUUUACAUGUAAAAACAUUCACCCAUCCAUGUUUCAAAUGCCUGGAGUAGUCAAAGUGCCACUUGGUGGAACCGCUACACUGCAGUGCAAUGUUGAAAGUAUAAUGGCAACCUGCAGUCAGAUUUUAUGGAAUAAAGUGCACCCAAGAACGAGAGAGCUGAAAACAGCCCAAGCUGUAAAGACUGAGCAAAGAGAGAAAAACCUAUGCACAGGGGUCAUCCAAAAUGCUACUGUAGGUGACUCUGGCAUAUACUACUGCAUUGCCCUGUCCAGCAUUAUAUUAUACAUAGGCAAUGGUUCCAAGGUCAUUGUAACAGAGCCCAAUACCAAACCUACAAUCACACUGUACACCCCAGAUGAGAACCAGGGUUCCAGCAUGGCUCUGCAGUGUCUCGUGUUCGGGGUCGUACCAGAUGAGACUCGAGUUUUCUGGGUGGUAGGUCAGACCACGCAGACCGGGUGGACAGAGUCUGGCUGGACAGACAACACCGAAUCAGCUUCAGAAUUCACAUGGUCUUAUCUCACUCUUUCUUCAGACAUCUGGAUGGAUGAUGUUCAGAUUGAGUGCAUUGUUGAACUUGGUGGCAAAAAUUUUUCCAAGUCCCUGAAAAGAGGCUCAAAUAAUAAGUGUACGUGGAUUUUGUACUUGGGUUCUGGUUCAGCAUUGCUCAUCAUUAGUUGGGUUGUCAUUGGUACCAUUUCCUUAAACAAAGCAAGUCAAGAAAGUGCAGCUACAAGAUCUGCUGGCCAGAAAUCACAAAGCAGACAUCAGAAUGGGAGAUGCUGGGCACCCACUGCAGAGGCAUCGUCCAUAAUGGAAGUGCAGUAUGCAAGUUUGGACUCUCUAAGUUUUGGAAAAUGCAGUAACGUCACCACUUAGCCAGACUUGCUGAAAGUUUGGUUGUUUGUUUGCUUUUAUUUGUCAUUUGACUGAAACAAUAAGCGAAUUGUAUCAAUGUGCUGAAAUAUCAAAUAAAUUGAUGGU